GACACGUGUGAGUCAUCUAAAUCCUCUGCCAGCAAAAACAAAACCCCCCAACAACGGAAAACUCGAAGCGCUACAACUUACAUACCUCACUCGACACAGCCCUUUUGUCCAAACAAAUGGAAUCUACGGAAAACUCGAAAAGGGCAUGCGUUGAAGUCGCAAACGACGCCGUAUGCAUAGCCGGCGGCGGCGGCGGAGGUAGAUGGGAUGAGUUGGAUUCAGAGAUAUUAGCUUCAAUUUUCGUCAGGAUUGUUCCCCCUGAGUUGAUGGUGAGGAGUGUGGCGUUAGUUUGCCGGUGUUGGAUGGAGGUUGUGUCUGGUCCCAAUUGUUGGACGGAGAUUGAUCUGGAAGGGUGGUGCCGGAAAUGUUGCAUGGCUAAUCGUUCUCACCAAAUUGACCCUGUUGUCCGUAAAAUUGUUCGUCGGAGUAGGUCUACAUUCCGAAGACUCUCUACUUACCGUCUUGGCAAUGUUGGGUUCUCCUUUGCUGCUAAUCGUGGAAAAUGUCUCAAGAUACUGCAAAUCCCUAUGAGUGAAGUCACUGACGAGGUAGUGGAAAAGCAUGCAGGGUCCUUGGUCAAUUUAACAUUCUUAGACGUCAGCUACUGUUUAAAGAUCACAGCGAAGGGUCUGAAAGCUUUUGGAAAACAAUGCAAGUCGUUGACUCAUCUCAGAAGAAACAUGCCUAUGUGGGAGCUGCCAACCACUUUAGAAGAUUCCGAUGUCCACGAUCAGGAGGCACUGAUUAUAGCAGAAACUAUGAGAGGUCUCCAGCGCCUUGACUUCGCUUUCAACCGGUUGAGCGACACUGGCGUUGAUGCUAUUCUCACAGAGUGUAAGGCACUAACGCACCUUGAAAUCCAAGCAUGUUGGAAUGUGGAACUGAAGGGUAAUCUUGAGGAAAGAUGUAAAAAGCUAGUAGACUUUCGUACCCCUUGGAUCGAUGAACAUGAGGACAGCCUCGCUGUAUCUUCAGAUAUUGAUAGUACAGGAGAUGACUGUGAUGAAGAAUCAAUCUACUCGGAAUCACCCUCUUCAUCAGAUUUGGAUUAGAUGGUUUCUUAGUUCACACCACCUUCUAGUGUCCUUCUGCUGAUUUCUUGGGAGCUUUUGGGUGUGUAUUUAUGCAGAUCACUGUGGGUAGACAUUCCAAAGAUGAGUUCUGGUUUGUCUUUGAGACAUGUAAUUGGUAAGAAUUGUAAACAAGAUGCUUAGAAUGUGAUGGGAAUUGUAAACAGUCAUUAGUACUUGAAGCUUUGCUAUGCUGUUUGAUGAAA